CUUCGAUUCGUGCGGUUUUUCCUGUUUAGGAUUUUGGUUUUUACGUAUGGUCGCUUUCCUCGCGUGAUAAGAGAGAACUUUACCGCAGUUAUACUUUAGUUUCCUCAGCACUUUCCGCACGCUGCUCUUUAUAUCUCCCCCUCUUUUUCUUCCCUGCUACCCCGGCUGAUUAUUGUUCUCUCCUGCUUUUGCCUGUCUGGAUCUAUGGAUGUCUUCUCCCCACCACCUCUUCUUCUUGUUGUUGUUGUUCUUUUCCUUCUUCUUCGUCGUCCUUUUUCCCCCCGGUUCCUUCGCCGGCGACGCCGGCAUCGUUUGCUUCUUCUGCUGCUUUCCUACGCCCCUAAUAUGUGUCUGGAUCUAUGGAUGUCUUCUCCCCACCACCUCUUCUUCUUCUUGUUGUUGUUCUUUUCCUUCUUCUUUGUCGUCCUUUUUUCCCCCUGGUUCCUUCGCCGGCGACGCCGCCAUCGUUUGUUUCUUCUGCUGCUUUCCUACGCCCCUAAUAUGUGAUGCAUUGGUUUUGUCUCGGGUUAUUAUUAACUUCAUCGUCUGCGCAAAAGAAGAAGAGGGGAGAAAAUGAACCGAAUUUAGCCUUAACUUAUAAUCUAUUUGUUUAGUUGAUUUUUUUAUUCGAUGAUAAUCUAUGAUUUGUUGGUUUCCUGGUAUUUUGCUUGCAGCGGAGAGCAACCUGAAGGAAUUGCUUACAGCGUGCUUCCGUUAGACACAUUUGCGGAGAACAAGUUGAAGGAAUUGCUUAGAGGGUUCUUCCGUUACACAGGUUAUUUGCUGUCCUGGCUUGUUACGUUGCUUCAUCAACGUGGAGUGAUCCACGGAGUCCCAUUGUGCUAUCACUUCGCUGUCGCAGCUUUUUAUGUCGCUUAAUCAAUGUGAAGUAGCCCGCGGACUAACAUUGUGCCACCACAGUUAAUCGCUGUUGCAGCUUUUUACGUCGCUUGAUCAACGUGAAGUAGCUCGCAGACUUCCAUUGUGCCACCACAGAUUGCGAUAUGCCGUUUGAUCUUCUCCCAACGUUGCAUCCAAAGUCCAAACAUUGGACAAUAUGUGCGCGUGUCUCACGCAAGUGGGAGUAUCGUGGUGGCACCGACGAUGGACCAGUAGCCCACAUUGACCUUGUUCUUACAGAUGAACAGGGUAAUGCAAUAUAUGCUGAAAUACCAAACUCAGAAAUAGAAAGGAAAGAUCCUUUGCUCCAAGAAGGUGGUAUCUACGUUAUGAGCCGCUUCAGAGUCUCAAAUUCCAAAACCCUGUACAGGCCAGUUGAUGCACCAUAUAUGAUUGAAUUUACUUGCUACACUAAGAUAACUCCAGCGAGAGAUCCACCAGAAACAUUUCCAAGAUACGUCUACAAACUCACACCUUUUCUUGAACUACCUCAUUAUACUGGUGAAAACAAGAAUUUCCUGGAUGUGAUUGGCAUCGUCACUGAAGUUUCAGACACAUCUCUCAUACAACUUGCAAAUCGGUCAACUCCUACUGUAAGCAGACACAUCAUGCUUAAAGACCUAAACAAUGUUGAGGUUAAACUGACACUGUGGGGACAGCGAGCCACGCAGUUUACCAUUGAUGAAAUUUAUAAUGAACAACAAGCUACACCGAUUGUUAUUCUUGUUGUUGGCAAUCUCAUGAAAACUUUUGCAGGUGAAGAAUACCUAAGUGGAAACGCAGCAUGUCACUGGUAUUUCAAUCCUUCAAUCCCAGAAGCUGAACCAUUCUAUAACACUAUCCAAAACCAACAACUGGUGAUCAAACGCCCUGCUGCCUCCACACAGCAACCUACAUCCACACUAAAACCAAUUCAGGUUGAAGAUAAGCAGCUCCAAGAUUUAGAAACAAUGAAUCCAUACGACUUUCCGGAAAAUGGAUGCCGCUGCACUGUGACAAUUACUCGCUUGGUUCAAACCACAACAUGGUGGUUUGCAUCAUGCAACAGAUGCAGCCGUGCUUGCACUCCAGAUGGCCCAGGAUAUAAAUGCACCACAUGUUCUUGCACAGGCUAUCGCUUCAAGUACAAAUUAUGCUUUGUAGCAAAUGACGGCACUGGUGAAGCUGAAAUGGUUGCUUUUGGUGAAGUUGGACGGCGCAUAGUUGGUAAACCAGUUCAGCAGAUCCUGAGAGCCACAAGAAUUGGAAAUGAUAUCCCACCGGACAUUGCAGCUAUAGUUUCACUGAAAUUCACCUUUGCAAUUACCCUGACGAAUCAAAGUUACUACAGCCCGGAGAAAUCAUACCAGGUGAACUCUAUCAUCGCUGCCUAUGGGAGGCAACAUACACUCCCACAACUAAGAAACAAUCAAAACAAAGGGCUAUUAAAUCCUCAAAUGACAAUUCACUCAAGCACCCAACAAGAAUCAUUGAUGUCUAAACCAAGCGUCCAUGCUGACACACAUCACAUUGACCCCUAUGCCUCUCCACCUGCUGCUACUCCUCCAUCUGCAUCAAAGUCUACCACGACUUCUGCACCAUCAGAUACUCAAAGAACAGCCACUGGAAAUACACUUCCCCCUUUACUAGACUAUACUGAAUCAGUAUCCAAGAAAUCUCAACUUUGGGAUGCUGCUGAUGCCUCUAGCCACUCUGGUGCUAAAAGAAAGCUCUUUCGAGAAAGCCCAGAUGCAACAAAGGAAACCAAUAUAAGCUAUAAGAAGGGCAAAACCAGCAAUGCCAGAUUGACAGAUGACCCACAACCACAAUCAACAAGCAAAAAAACCUCUUCUCACCAGGUCACCUCUCCUGACUCAAAGCCGUCUGAACCAAAGGUUGAUGAAGCUCAGUAGCUGCUUCACGUCACCUGCACAACACUGCUAACCAAUGUAGCUACAGCAUUCACACGCUGAAGAAGUAUUUGCCUUUUGCCAUGAAAAGAAGCCAGUUUUUCUUUUGAACUGCUUUUGGCCAUAUGUUGCCCAGCCUCAUGACAAAUCAGAAUGUAGAAAACCAUGUUACAUACUAUGCAUAACUGCCUCCUGUAUAGAAUGAUAUCACUGCCAGUAUUAUCUAGAAUGCUAAGUAUCUGCACCCUACACUUAGACACAUGCGUGCUAAAAAAAUA